CCCCCGGGCGGCGGGCGGGCGCCGGGCCGCGGGGAGCCGCCGCGGGCGGCGCGGGAGGAGCUGCAGCGGGAGAUGGAGGAGCUGCGCUCGGAGAACGAGUACCUCAAGGAUGAGCUGGAUGAACUUCGGGCUGAAAUGGAAGAAAUGCGUGACAGUUACUUAGAGGAAGAUGUUUACCAACUGCAGGAGCUCCGGCGAGAGCUGGACCGGGCGAACAAGAACUGCCGCAUUCUGCAGUAUCGUCUCAGGAAAGCCGAGCAGAAAAGCUUGAAAGUUGCACAAACAGGCCAAGUGGACGGAGAGCUCAUUAGGAGCUUGGAACAAGAUUUAAAGGUAGCCAAAGAUGUUUCUGUCAGACUGCACCACGAGCUGGAAAGCGUGGAGGAGAAACGUGUUAAAGCAGAAGAUGAAAAUGAAAUUCUUCGCCAGCAAAUCAUUGAGGUGGAAAUAUCCAAGCAGACAUUACAAAAUGAGCUGGACAAGUUAAAAGAGAGUUCGCUGAAGAGAAGAGGCAGCAGAGAAAUGCACAAAGAAAAAAAGGCAUUUACCCAGGAGGACAGUGCUGACUUGAAGUGUCAGCUGCAAUUUGCCAAAGAGGAAGCAGCGCUGAUGCGUAAGAAGAUGGCCAAACUGGGGAGGGAAAAGGAUGAACUGGAACAGGAACUCCAGAAAUAUAAAUCCAUCUAUGGAGAUGUGGACAGUCCCCUCCCGACCGGAGAGGCCGGGGGCCCACCUAGCACCAGGGAGGCUGAGCUGAAGCUUCGCUUGAAGCUGGUGGAAGAGGAAGCCAACAUACUGGGCAGAAAAAUAGUGGAACUGGAGGUGGAGAACAGGGGGAUUAAAGCUGAGAUGGAGGACAUGAGGUGCCAGUAUGAAAAGGAGUGUCUUAGCCGGGACCACAUUUCAAGCAUUCCUACCUCGCCGUACGGCGACUCUGUGGAGUCAGCCACGGAGUUGCGCCGUCACUUGCAGUUUGUGGAAGAGGAGGCAGAACUGUUGAGGCGCUCGAUCUCUGAAAUUGAGGAUCAUAACAAGCAGCUAACGAACGAACUGAGCAAAUUCAAGUUUGAGCCGGGUCAGGAGCCCAGCUGGCUGGAUGACACCGCUUCAAAAUGCGGCGGGCCCCUGCAAGAAGAGCUGAAAUCGGCCAGGUUGCAAAUCAACGAGCUGAGCGGGAAGGUGAUGAAACUGCAGUAUGAGAACAGGGUCCUGAUGUCCAACGUGCAGCGUUAUGACCUUGCCUCUCACCUGGGCCUGCGCACUUCCAGCCCCAGAGACAGCGACGCCGACAGUGACGCCGGGAAGAAAGAAAGCGACGGCGAAGAGGGACGCCCGCCCCAGCCGAAGAGAGAGGGACCGAUCGGGGGCGAAAGCGACUCGGAAGAAGCUUACGAGAAGACGUCGGGUUUUGGGAGCGGGAAGCCAUCCGAGGUCAGCGACCUGUGCUCCACCGAGCUCUUGCGAGCGAAAGAGGACACGGAGUCUUUAAUUAACAUCAAACGCGAGGCAGAGCGGCUUGAAAGGACGGUGGACCGCCUUAUCACUGAUACGGACAGCUUGAUUUAUGACGCAAAGGUGCAUAUAACCAGCAGCCCGUCUGCGGAGCAGGAUUUCAAAAGCGAUGAGGAGAGAGGAGAAGAAAAACGUGAACCGGAGCUCCUGGACACCAUCAACUCCAGGAUGAAAGCUUUCCGCAAGGAGCUGCAGACCUUCUUGGAGAAGGUUGAUCAUAUUGGGGAGGGCCUUAAGGAGCAGAUGGAGGACCUCUCCCCUCUUCCCCAUCUCACAGAGUCUUCCAGCUUUCUCUCCACGAUGACAUCCAUGUCUCGAGACUCUCCCAUUGGUAACCUGGGAAGGGAGCUUAUCACAGACUUCCAGUCCAAACUGAGGGAUCAGAUGGAGUGGCAGCUCAAACAAGAUCGUGGAGAGGAGCAAGAGAUUCAUCACCAGCGAGCCACCACCGACCCACACCGCAGAGCUGAUGGAGACAUUAAACUCUACAGGCCAGGAGACAAGGGCUGUUUCAGUCUAGAGAGUGUAUCGAUACAGGAGCUUCAGGCUCAGCUUGAGCAGGAGACGAGACUUCACCAAGAGGAGCAAGAAAAGUUUACAGAAAGGAUCGUUCAGCUGGAAGAGGAGCAUAUGCAGACCCUGCGGAGGAAAGAUUUGGAAGUGCAGAGCUUGACUUUGCAGAACAAACUGGAAGAGAAGACUUGGAGCCAGGAGAAAGGCCUGCUGCAGCAAGAGCUCAGGCAUUUCAAGCAGGACACUUUCCUCCUGUAUGUCAAGCUGAAGUGGCUGCUGAAGCACUGGCGGCAAGGCAAGCGACUGGAAGAGGAAGGGGAGGACGUAUUAGAGAUCGAGCAUCUUGAAGCCCUCCCUGAAUUUGGCCUUCCAUCUGAGCAAAAGACAGAGGAUGUAGAGCGAGAGGAGGAGGAAGAGGAUGUUGUUUUUGCACUGACAGAUUAUUCUCAGCGUCCUGCUGCAGAGAGCACUGAUCACGGACCACAGCUGCAGACUGCAGAAUUACUGCAGCAGCAAAAGCAGGCAAGCGAAAAUCAGAAACUCUUAAAUGCUCUGAAGGGCUUGCUGGAUGACUUCCGCUCGGAGCUGCGGGAUGAUGAGCGUGAGCGCCACGGGCUCCAGCAGCAGUACGCGCUGGACAAGGCAGCCUGGGAGGUGGAAAUGACUGAACUGAAGUGCCACCUAGAGCAGCUGGAAGGGAAGAGUGAGAAUGCCUCAGGAGAAACGGGUCUCACCUCUGAUGCAAAAGGGGCUUUCAAAAGGGAAAGAGAGGAGCACAAAAAGCUUCUGGCUGAGAGUCACAGUGUGGUCAUGGAUCUCCGCUGGCAAAUCCAGCACAGUGAGAAGAACUGGAAUCGGGAAAAAGUGGAGCUUCUGGACAGGCUUGAUAGAGACCGGCGAGAAUGGGAGCGUCAAAAGAAGGAGCUGCUCAGACGGAUAGAGCAGCUUCAGAAAGAAGUGAGCCCACGAAGAGGAAGCAGUUUUCUUUGUGACCAGAAGGAGAGUAACCUUCGUCCAUUCGCAACCCAGGGGACCCUUCACCUGCCUCGUUCGAUGGGGACAAGAUCCUACUCUGAUUCAGACGCUAUCCAGUUUGAGGAUCGGUCACUGUCGAAGUUGAAGGAGAGCGAUAGGUGCACUGCCACAGAAAACCUCUUUCUGGAGUCACUGUCUCUGGAUUCCCCGGACGAGUCUGAGGAGCACCGCUCGCGGCAAGUGGAGCGGGAGAAAUUCUUGACGGGCUUAACGGAGGAAGAAGAAACACACAGAGGAAAUCUUCAAAGGGCGAUGUCUGUUUCUUCCAUGUCAGAAUUCCAGCGCUUGAUGGAUAUUUCUCCAUUUCUCCCAGAAAAAAACUUGCCUUCAUCUAGCAGCAAAGAUGAUAUAACCCCUCCUUUGUCUCCCGAUGAUCUGAAGUACAUUGAGGAGUUCAAUAAAAAUUGGGAUUACAGUAACACUAGAAACCAUGGUGGGGCUGCCGAGAAGCCUGCAGAAACCUGGGCAGAAAGGACGGAGGUGGGGAAAGCUGGGAAUGACCCUGCUUCAGAUCCCUUCCAGGCAUCAUCAUGGUACCUCACCACCAGUGUCACUAUGACAACUAAUACCAUGACCAGCCCAGAGCACUGCCAGAAGCAGCCAACGAGGAGUCAUGGUGUAACUGAAAAAAUGGGAGUUCGGGUCUUUCACAGCCCACCAGUUGUCCGUAGGUUUGAUAAUUCAGUGAUAGCUGGCAGUGAAGGGAAAAACCAGGUUGAGUCAGACUUCCUGUUUUCUGUGACCAAAGGUAUGGGGAAUGUUGGUGAGACAAAAGGUGCUUCCUCAGAUAUGUUUGGAAGAUGGUCUUGUGACCUGGCCAAACAUCAUAAGGAUUUUCUGGAGAGUGGUCUUCAUCCCAUUGAACGCCCUAUUUGCACUACUGUGGGCUUCGCCUCACCCUUGCACAGCUUGGAGAUGUCCAAAAACAUGAGUGAUGAUAUGAAGGAGGUCGCUUUCUCUGUCCGAAACGCAAUACGCUCUAACUCUAAUUCAACAGAGCCUCAGUUUAAGGACACAGCUUGUCAAACCAAUGGGAUGAGGACAACAGGGACGCAGACCACCCAGACGAUCAGUGUUGGCUUGCAGACAGAAACCCUACGCAGUAUCACCAGCAGUCCACACAAGUGUCUGACACCAAAGGGGGGAUCCACUCCUGUCUCAUCACCAUCCAGAAGCCUAAGAAGCAGGCAAGUGACCCCUGUCAUUGAAAAGGUCCAGGCUAAAUUUGAACGCACAUGCUGCUCCCCCAAAUAUGGCUCUCCAAAGUUGCAAAGGAAAAUCCUUCCCAAAUCAGACCAGCCAAAUAACCGGACUUUGCCUGGUACGCCUCAAAAAGGAUUCAGUGAGUCUGCCUGGGCUAGAUCAACUACCACAAGGGAGAGUCCAGUCCAUACCACCAUCAAUGAUGGCCUCUCCAGUUUGUUCAACAUUAUUGACCAUAGCCCCAUCUUUCAUGAGACGUUCCAAAAAUGCCCCAAGUCUAGCAGCCGAUCCAGGUCAGCAGAACCCAGAUCAGAACUGGGCCCAGUGCAGGAACCUUGUGCAAAUGCCCGUGGCAGAUCACCCAGUCCUCUCCGUUUGGGGACAGAGACGCAAAAGGAAGAAGGGACUGAGGUGACAAGUAUCAGGCAGGACUUAUCUGCUCCUCCAGGUUAUACACUUGCAGAAAAUGCUGCCAGGAUCUUGAAUAAGAAACUUUUGGAGCAUGCCUUAAAGGAAGAGAGAAGGCUACCCUCACACAGCCCACCAAAUCUUAGCAAUGACAACAGCACAGCAGAUAUUGUCAAAGUAGAACCAGGGUCCAUAGAGGAACUACCUUGUUCUGCACUAGCUCCAUCCCUCGAACCCUGCUUCUCCCGGCCGGAGAGACCAGCGAACCGGCGCCCGCCGUCCCGAUGGGCUUCGCAUUCCCCCACGGCCUCCCAGUCGCCGUCCACCGGAGAUCUGCCUUCCCCCGAGGAGCGCGGGAGCAAGGACCCGCCGGCGGAAAGCCCGGCCGGUGCCGCCGGCCCGCCGGAGGCGCCGCGCGCCUGAGCCGCGGCCGCGGGCGGCAGCAGCCUCCGCCGGGAGCCGUCUCCAUCGGAGAGGGGGGGACCGAGCGGGGGCGGCCGCCGAACGGCCUCAAAUGCAGCUGCUGAAUGUCCGCCCUGCGAAACAGAGACGUUUCUAGAAGGAAACAGUUAAUGUGCCUGUAAUAACUUAAUUUUUUUCAUAGCUGAGAAAACUAUUUUUGUCUCCAUCUUUUCUACACACAGUAUAUUAACAAAAAAAAGGUUAAAAAAAUGAUAUACAGAUAAAGUUAAGAUUUAAAAUAAAAUGUAAAUUAAGUUUUAAGGGAAUUUGAAUACCUGCUCGCGCUCUCUCCAAAUACCAACUGCCUUUCGGUUAUAUUUGCACUGUUAUGUUUUUGAUUUUGGUUUGGGGUUUUUUUUGGGGGGGUUGGGUUUUUUUUCAUGUAAAACUAGGGUCUUAAGUUAAUUUUAUUCUCUUUUAAUGUCAGUGUUUUCAGUUUUUAAAAGUCAAGGUUCUUAAAGAUGCUUCAACUGGCUGAAGCAGUACCUUUUAAGUAGUGAAGGAAGCCAUUAAGCUAGUUCACUAGAAUUGUAUUAACUAAGAUGGAGGGGAAUACAGGUAAACUCCAGGGGAAAAAAUACGUAAAAAAAAAUGCCUCAGAAAGUCUUACGGAGUUAGCUGUAAAAUACACAUACGAUACUUGACUUGCAUGCCUCUGGGUCCCAGCACUUUAGUGCAUGUACAUACUGCUGCUGUACUUCUGCCAUCACGUAAAUGUGAGUCAAUCUGUUUCACUGUAAUAUUGUUGUGAAUUUACCUGUACUGUACUUUUAUUGUUGGUAUUCUUGCAUUGACUAUACAAAAAAAGAGUUUUUAAAUUAUUGUUAACCGUUCGACUGGCUGUGUACAAUGUUUCCCGAGAACUUUGUUUUCCGGGAAAAGAAAAAAAAAAACACUGAGAGCUCGGGGCAUACUCAAUUGUAACUGGUCUUGUUUAAGAGUCUGUUGGAGACCAUGUGACGUGGAAAUAAAAACCCUCAGUAUUUACAAACUGC